CGGAACUCCACUUCGAGCAGAAGCGAACCCGACAGACCUACACACGCUACCAAACCCUGGAGCUAGAAAAGGAAUUCCACUUCAACCGUUACCUGACGCGUCGGCGGCGGAUUGAGAUCGCCCAUAUGCUUGGGCUCACGGAGCGACAGAUCAAGAUUUGGUUCCAGAACCGGAGAAUGAAAUGGAAAAAGGAGAAUAACCUACAGAAGCUUACUGGACCAGAUAAGCCAGUUAAAGACGAAUGUGGCAGUUCUCCCAGGGAUAGCUCUAAUAUCAAAAUGGAGGAUCAGGGCUCGAUAGAUUCGUGA